AUGGCGGACCGCAAAGUGCUCGUGAAGUACUACCCCCCUGAUUUUGAUUUUGACAAAUUACAGGCGAAGAAGAAGGUACUUCGAAUACAACAGCAGCAGCUGAAACGACGUCGAGGGGAUGUUUACGAUCUUCCGCAGAAAAGACACAAAAACAAAGUCAUGAACGUCCGCAUGAUGUAUCCAUUCACCCUCAAAUGCGGCACCUGCAGCGAAUUUAUUUAUGUUGGGACCAAAUUUAACUCCAGAGUAGAGAAAGUGGAGGGCGAAGACUACUUGGGGAUCAUCAAGUGGCGCUUUUACGGACGUUGUCCACACUGCCGAGGAGAAAUUUGCUUCAAGACAGACCCGCAGAAUUGUGAUUAUGUGCUGGAGUGGGGAGGCACCCGCAUGUGCGAUCCUCUGCGCGACCAGGCGCUAGCUGCUGAGCGCAUGCAGAAAGAGGAAGAGGAGAAAAUUGCAAUGGACAAAAUUUGCCAAGUGGAGGCGUCGCGUCAGGGGCUGCAACAGGAGGUUCUGGCCUUAGAGCAGCUGGCGGAGCUGCGGCGCCUGAACCGCCGCCUGCUUGACAGGACAGCAGCCUCAGAUGCGGCGCUCGAUUUCUUAAGGCAGCGUAGAAUAAAAGAUGAAGACAUGGAGGGGAAUCUUGCACAGGAGUGGACGGAAAUGGAAAAAGACGAACUCAAGUUCUUCAGGGCAGCCAGAGAACUGGACUCUGACCCCGAAUCGGUCGAGGAGGAAAUUAGUGAAGGCACAGACCAUCAACCCGCUGAUUCGUCUGCUGCAAACGAUGGCGACGCUCACAGCAACGGAGGACCUUCUGGAAGCAUCGACACCAGCAGCAGCAUCAAGGGCAACGAUUCUGCAACUAGCGGCAACAGUAGCAGCAGCAGCAGCAGCUCUCGGGAGAGAAGAGUAAGUAUCAGCAGCUCCAGCACCAGCACGAGCGUAUCGCACGCGGGUAGCAGCGAGGCGAAUACAGAGGGCUCCUCUACUUUCAUCUGUCGCAAACCGGGAGACCCUGGUUCCGCGAUACACGGGGAUGACAGCGCGGCGGACACAGGAGGUUCUUCCAGACCCGCAAGUUCCACAUUCAGGGAGCCUACUACGGCUUCAUCUAAGGGAAACACCUUGAAUUUCGGUCUGGGUGUUUGCGUGGCUGCGCCAAAGCUACUAGUUGUAAGAAAGCAACAGCCACAACCCUCAGGGGACUGCUCAGCCCUCUUGGGAGACUACGGUUCCUCCAGCAGUGAUGAGGGGGAAUCCCGGUAG